CCGGCUUGCCUUCAUACCAAACGGGAGGCACCGUUCAUUUAGUCGUUAACAACCAAAUUGGGUUUACAACGGAUCCAACACUUUCGCGCUCAACACCUUACUGCACAGAUAUCUCCAAGUGCAUAUCGGCCCCCAUUCUGCAUGUGAACGCGGAUGACGUCGAGGCAGUCGUGUUCGCCUGUACUUUUGCAGCUGAAUACAGAAGUGCUUGGAAAAAAGACAUCGUCAUUGACAUUGUUGGGUAUCGCAGAUAUGGUCACAAUGAAUUUGAUGAGCCUUCUUUUACGCAACCCAAAAUGUAUCAAUCGAUUUCCAAGAAAAAGCGCGCUGCAGAUCAAUAUUCUGCGCUCCCUUUUUUUGAAAAGUCAACUACAGAUGCCCUUAAAGCCUCCAUUUGGUCCAACCUUGAAAAUUCAUUUGACCAGGCAAAAAAUUAUAUCCCAAAAGUUAACGAAUGGCUUUCUUCGUCGUGGCUGGGCUUUAAAUCGCCAAAGGAACUUGCUGAAGAGUAUAUUCCGGAUCCGAUGACCGGAGCUUCACUGGAUAGACUUGGUAUGGUGGGAAAUUCGGUUUCUAGCUAUCCAGAUGGGUUCACAAUUCACAAGGGAUUGGUUAAAAUUCUUCAAACCAGAAAACUCGCCAUACAAUCAGGCUCUGGAAUUGAUAUGCCCACUGCAGAAGCUUUGGCCUUUGGGUCUCUUCUCCUGGAGGGCUUUAACGUAAGGCUCUCUGGGCAAGAUGUUGAAAGAGGAACGUUUUCGCAACGACACGCAGUUCUUCACGACCAAAAUACGGACAACAAGUACACUCCAUUGGGCGUGUUAGAUCCAACCACUCAAGGCUCCUUUUCAAUAAGCAAUUCGCAUCUUUCAGAGUAUGCCGUUAUGGGCUUUGAGCUUGGAUAUUCGCUAGUGUCUCCCCGAACUCUUGUGCUUUGGGAAGCUCAGUUUGGAGAUUUUGCCAACAAUGCCCAAUGCAUCAUAGAUCAGUUCAUCGUUUCUGGGGAACGAAAGUGGCAUCAACGCUCAGGCCUUGUUUUGCUUUUGCCCCACGGAUAUGAUGGAAAUGGACCCGAACACUCGAGCGCCCGCCCAGAGCGAUUUUUGCAGCUUUGUGAUGAUUUGCCCUCGUUUUUCCCGCCAAGAGCCAAAAACCGUCAACACCAGGACUGUAACAUUCAAGUAGUCGUGCCCUCAUCGCCUGCAACAUAUUUUCAUGCCAUUAGGCGCCAACAGGUCAGGGAAUUCAGGAAGCCUCUGAUCGUUUUCACGAGCAAGUCACUUCUUAGACAUCCUGCCGCCAGAGCCACCCUAGAGGAGCUGGGGCCAAACACCUGCCUCAGGAAGGUAAUCGGUGACCUUGAAGCAGAAAAAUCUCCUGCAUCGGUUAAAAAACUUAUAUUUUGCUCGGGACAAGUAUUCUAUUUACUAGAAAAGGCAAGAGCUGAUCUGAAAAUUAAGCAUGUGGCCAUUGCUCGAGUUGAGGAAAUUUCGCCAUUUCCAUAUCAUGAUAUCCAGGACCAAAUCAAUGCUUAUGGAAAGAAACUCGAAAGUGUCAUGUGGGUACAAGAGGAGCCGCUGAAUAUGGGCUUUUGGAGCUAUGUUGAGCCUAGAUUGGAAACCGUUUUGGCCCAUCCAGACACAAAAUGCAGGACAGCUCUCAAAGUUGUUGCAAGACAUCCAUCUGCAGCCGUCUCUACAGGUUUAAAGCAUACCCAUAUCGUGGAGGAGGAAAAGCUCGUUGAGCAGGCUUUCCAAGACGCUAAAGUUUAG